AUGGCGUCUUUCCGCGUCAUCAUUGUCGGCGGUGGCCUUGCCGGCGCGCUUCUCGCCAACGGUCUGCUGAACAACGGUGUCGAAGUGGACAUUUACGAGCGUGAUACCGCCGAUUCGAAGCGCGAGGGAUAUCAGAUCCGCCUCGGUGCCGCUGCCGACACGGGCUUCGACGUCUGUCUCCAGGACGACGUCAAGAGAGCCAUCCAUGAGAAAUUUGGGCAGUCUGCAGGGACAGGCAGCACGGCACCCACCGUCAGCAACUCACGCCUGGACACGCUGCUCGACCUGACAAAGUUCCCCAACUACUCCAAGUCCUCAGCCAUCAACCGUGUGGUGCUCCGAGACAUACUGCUCGGGCCGAUCAAGGCUGCUGGCCGUGUGCAUUACGACAAAGCUUUCAGCAAGUACACCAUUAUUCAAGGCUCACAGGGCCUCGAGAAAGUCCGGGUGCACUUUGCGGAUGGCUCUGUCGAGACCUGUGAUAUCCUUGUUGGCGCUGAUGGCAGCAGAUCAAGAGUAAAUCAUCAAUUGGGAGCGAGAAACUUGGUCGACGUUAAUUCCCACGUGUCGUUUGUCAACAAGGGCAGCUUGACGCAGGAUAUCAUUUCCGCGCUGCCUGCAAGACUCCAGGCUGGGCCGCUCCUAGUAUUCACCAAGGACAUCACGCUCUUUUAUGCUCUAUACCUACCAAGCGCAGAUGGCGGUGCUGCCGCAGCGGCGAAGUUAUCCAAAAUGCAAGUCGAUCUGAACCAGGGCUCAUUCUAUUGGGGCAUGACGGUGAAGAAAGACAGAUUGGGAGGCAAGAAGAUCGAGGACAACCUUAAAUUCUGUUUGGAGCAAGUCAAAGAUUGGAAUCCGGCAUACACCGACAUGAUCAGAAUUGGCGCAGAACAAAAUGACAGUAUUGUCGCAAUCCCCCUCCGCGCAUCCAAUGCCGUCUCCAAGAAGUGGCGCCAGAAUGCCAAAAAGACGGCACGUGCCGACGCAACCACAGGCCACGAGAGAGUGUGGAUCAUGGGUGAUGCUAUCCAUGCCAUGCAGCCCAACCGUGGUAUGGGAGGCAAUCAGGCCAUGCAGGACGCUGGCGAGAUGCUGCCAGAGCUACUUCACCUGGCAGACCUGUCGAGAUCCGGUAAAGGGCCAACGUCGGCUGAGAUCACCGCUGCACUUACCCGAUUCGAGGACGAGAUGAUUGAUCGCGCCUUCACUUGGGUGAAGAAAAGCGGUGGCACUUCCGUACCGUCGCUCGAUCUGGACGGACCCUUGGGAACCCUCCUCAAGUUUGUCGGGAUGUUAGUAUCGGUGUACAGCGUUUUCCACCGAGCUGUGUGGUCUGGCGCUUCAUCGAAAGCCAAGUUGGCGUAAUGGGAGUAAUGCUGAAGCACGGAAGCUUGGAUGAGGUAGAUAGGGAGUAGGGCGCCUAUCAGAGGUUAUGUUCUUGGACUAGUCAUUGGGAGGGAAAUCGCACGACCGCUUUGGUGUCAGCUGAAUGCAAGGCGUUACAGUUGCUGCCCUGCAGGACAGAUAAAGCCUACGUCAAAGCAGAAAUAGAAGC